GGGCCGGGCCGGGGUGCGCGGGCGCGGGCGGAGCCGCCGCCGCCCUCGCCCUGCCCUGCCCCGCGGGCGCUGCCGCCGCCCGGGCGCCGCCCUGCCCUGCCCGCGGGGACCUGCCCCAUGUAGCCGCCGCCCCGGCCGCAGCCCGCGGGGCACGGAGCGGGGCCGCGCCGGCCGCCGCCCUGCACCAGGCUGACUCAUCUGUAGAAAUUUGGGAAGGACAGAAGAAGAGAAGCCACACACUCAAGCUGAUAACUCAAAAGAGUAUUCCUUUGAGUUGGAGGUUCAGAGUGGAGCCAUCAUGAGCGAUGUUACCAUUGUGAAAGAAGGUUGGGUUCAGAAGAGGGGAGAAUAUAUAAAAAACUGGCGUCCAAGAUACUUUCUGUUGAAGACGGAUGGAUCUUUCAUAGGAUAUAAAGAGAAGCCCCAAGAUGUGGAUCUGCCAUAUCCCCUCAACAACUUUUCAGUGGCAAAAUGUCAGCUAAUGAAAACAGAGCGACCGAAGCCAAACACAUUCAUUAUCAGAUGUCUUCAGUGGACCACUGUCAUAGAGAGAACAUUUCAUGUAGAUACUCCAGAAGAACGGGAAGAAUGGACAGAAGCCAUCCAAGCUGUAGCAGACAGACUUCAGAGGCAAGAAGAAGAGAGAAUGAAUUGUAGUCCAACUUCACAGAUAGACAAUAUAGGAGAGGAAGAGAUGGAUGCUUCCACAACUCAUCAUAAAAGAAAGACAAUGAAUGAUUUUGACUAUUUGAAGCUACUUGGAAAAGGCACUUUUGGCAAAGUUAUUUUGGUCCGAGAGAAGGCGAGUGGGAAAUAUUAUGCUAUGAAGAUUUUGAAAAAAGAAGUAAUUAUUGCAAAGGAUGAAGUGGCUCACACUCUUACAGAAAGCAGAGUAUUGAAAAACACUAGACAUCCUUUUUUAACGUCUUUGAAAUAUUCCUUCCAGACAAAGGACCGUUUGUGUUUUGUGAUGGAGUAUGUUAAUGGGGGAGAGCUGUUUUUCCAUUUGUCGAGAGAGCGGGUGUUCUCUGAGGACCGCACACGCUUCUAUGGUGCAGAAAUUGUCUCUGCUUUGGACUAUCUGCAUUCUGGGAAGAUUGUGUACCGUGAUCUCAAGUUAGAAAAUCUAAUGUUGGAUAAAGAUGGCCACAUAAAAAUUACAGAUUUUGGACUUUGCAAAGAAGGGAUCACAGAUGCAGCUACUAUGAAAACAUUCUGUGGUACUCCAGAAUACCUAGCUCCAGAGGUAUUAGAAGACAAUGACUAUGGUCGUGCGGUGGACUGGUGGGGCUUGGGAGUUGUCAUGUAUGAAAUGAUGUGUGGGAGGUUACCAUUCUACAAUCAAGAUCAUGAGAAAUUAUUUGAACUGAUACUAAUGGAGGAUAUAAAAUUUCCUCGAACUCUGUCUUCAGAUGCAAAAUCAUUACUUUCGGGUCUACUGAUAAAAGAUCCAAAUAAACGUCUUGGUGGGGGCCCAGAUGAUGCAAAAGAAAUUAUGAGGCACAGUUUCUUUGCUGGAGUAAACUGGCAAGAUGUAUAUGAUAAAAAGCUUGUACCUCCUUUUAAACCUCAAGUGACAUCUGAGACAGACACGAGAUAUUUUGAUGAAGAAUUUACAGCUCAGACUAUUACAAUAACGCCGCCUGAAAAAUAUGAUGAAGAUGGUAUGGACUGCAUGGACAAUGAGAGACGGCCGCAUUUCCCUCAGUUUUCCUAUUCUGCAAGUGGACGAGAAUAACUCUUUUGUUCUGCUGCUUCACCAUCAUCUUAGGUUUAUCACUGAAAAUGAUUCCUGAACAUCACCACCAGUACUAGAUAUUUUUUAAGAUAGCAGGGGCACUUUCAGAGGUUAUUCCAAAUUGAACGAGUUUACUCCCCACCCUCCCCAACAGGGCUUUAUUUAUUUUAUUUUAUUUUAUUUAUUUUUUUUUUGCAUGAAACUUGGUAUCAGUCUAAGGUCUCCCACUGUGCUGCUGCCCAUUGUCUCAGUAUAAUAGAAAUGUCAAGAAGUCAUUUAAAAUCUUUUGAAGUUGGAUGACUUAAAUCCUACACUGUACAUUUUGUGCACAAAUAGUCAUCUACUGUUCCUCAUAGUGGAGGCUAAAUGAAGAACAUGUUGGUUCCAGGUAUAUUUCCUCUCCUUCUAGGAGACAAAUCAGAAUUGGAAUUAGUUUUAAACAAAAGACUAGUGCAUAUUGUUUUACAUCUGUUUGUGCUGGUCAGAACAAGGAAGUGUUGAUGGUGGUGAUGUACAUAUGUAAGGUUUUUGUUAGGCAUAUCAUUACUUGAAGCAGGUCUAUGUCAUUAACAUCUGGCUGGAAUUUGUUUGGGAAACAUUCAAAAGAGGACUUAUAACUGUUGAUAUAUAUAAAUAUAUAUAUAUAUUAUUUUUUAAUUACUGUUGGAUACUACAGAAGAAGUAGAAGGGCUGGGCUCACCCAGCCUGCCACUUAGACUUCCAGGUUCAUGUGCAAUCAUGGAGAAUUGAACAUUUUACAUGCAAGAAAUGAAGGCAUAAAAGCAGCGGUUGAAGUUGUUUUAAGGGUCUUAUAAUUUGCACCAGAUAACAUUUUUCUCAUGCUUUUCUUUUUCUUUUGUGAAAUACAUCACCUCUGAUGGCUGAAGAAUGUAGACAGGCAUAAUAGUAUUGCUUUUCACCAAAAUUUGUGCACGAAGGUAAACAGGUGUUUGCCUUCUUUGUUUCUAUUUUGAGUUUGUGAAUUAGCUUUUUCUCCAGGUGUUUAACUCUGAAUUAUCUUUUUUUUUGGUUAUACUGCAGUAGUAUUUAUUUUUAGUGAUAAGGAGUGUGUCAUGUUUGCAAAUGCUGCUACAUCUUAGAUAGAACAGGCUUACAGCAACUUAAUUUGUAAUAUAUGGAAGGACCGUACAAGCUGAAGAGAACAAUGCACUUUUUCCCCCAGGUGGACAUUUUAACAAGGCUCUGAAAUUGUACAUAUUGCUUAAAAUUGGGUUUGGGGAGUUAAAAUACUGUUGGUUAGUUCUUUGGUGCUGGAGAGAAGGAAGUUCCAACUUCGUGUACCAAGGGGUUAAAAAUUGCUGGGUCUGCUCCACUGAAUAUUGAUGUGUUAUAAAAGUCUGACAGUAUAGUAUAAAUUUUCUGUUUCCUAUGAAAAAAAUGCAUAUGAACAAUUGAGACCACAGUGAUUACAAGAAAAGCACUUUAUAAUAAAUCUGAAACCAGUAAAUUAAUGGGGACUGCUAUCCUCAAGGAACAUUUGCCCUGAAUCAAGUAGAUAAUGAAACCCGACAUGUUAAGUAUGACAGCGGUACCUAAUUGACUGAAUUUAACCAUCAUGAUAAACACUCCACUGAUAGGAAAAUGUUGUCUUUCUAUUUCCAAGAUCUGUAAUUAACAGGACGUAUGAAAAAACCUUAGUUGUGACCUUCACUAAUGAUAAUCUUUGGUGCUAGGAGCUGGGAUAUUCCAGAGCUGCUAACAAGUGCAGCAGUGGUGAGAAUAUGCCCUUGCUAAUGACAUCAGAAAAUCUUUACUCUGUGGAAUCAUCACUAAAGUAUCCUCAUUUCCUUAUUUUCCUCCCAUACAGACUGUGAUAUCACUGAGUAUUACUGAUUGCAUUGUAUGAAUGAGUAAAUGAUUUUUGACAGGAGAAAUGUUCACAUACAGAUACACAGAUGCCUUAGCCUCUUGACAUUGAUAAUUUAUAUAUCCAAGCAUAAAACCCACUGCUGGCAGUGGCUGUGCUGAUGUUUUCAAGGGGUAGAUGGGCAUUUUAGCAAGGCAGCUAAAGACACAGACUAAUUCAGAUGAUUUUUCACAUUUCUACCUAAGCAAAGUUUUAUCUUUAAUAAUCAAUGGAUAAUCAGAGAUGUAUCUUUAUGUAUAUUCUAACUAUAGGAUGUCAUUCCGUCACCUUGUAACACACUAAUACUUGCCUUUAGAGAAAUUAUUCUUUGGAGAGUGACAGGAGCACAGUAAAUACAUUGGAGGUCUAAUCUGCACCUUUUGCAUAGACAUUUCUACACUGAAAUAGUAAAAUAUUGAAACGAUUAAUUAAUAGUCAGGGCAUUAAUUCAUACUCUAGCAAGGCUUCAUACGUACCAACAUAGAACUACAUGGUUGAGUAAAAAGCUGCGGUAUAUGCCUGUAUGUUUUGUUCCUUUGUUUUCAGCUUGUAAUAGCAAUAAAUUCUUUGGCAUAGGGCAUUUCCUAAAGUUAAUGACCAGCUGGGAUUGUGCCUCCAGCUUGUGGUUUCUCAUCUGUAAGAGAGGCCCUGUGGCUAGAUCAUUAUUGCUUAGUUAGUUAGUAAAAGCCGUUUAAGACUUCGCUCUGGAUUGUAUAAUGUGUCUCCAUAAAUCCUCAAUCAAGUUUAUUACAGACAAAGUUAACAUUAAUUUAACGCUUUGUGGAGUUUGGGAAUUCCUGAUUUCUGCUACCAGUGUUAGAAUGGACAAAAGAUAAAUCUUCAAGCUGUGCUGAAAAAAAAUGCUGAAGCUUUUUCUCUUCCUGUCCACAGUUCUAGUUUGGAUUUGGACAGCUGUUGGUGGCUGGUACCUUGAGCCUACAAUCGUAGUAUAUUUCAGACUUUAAACUCCAGCUUGUACUGACUUCCAUAAUGUACAGUAUGCCCUCUCGUACUGCAGCCAUCUUUGAGGAAAUAGGUCAUUUCUGUUUGGAUUUUGGCAGUUUUGCACACAGCUUUGCUUUCCACACUAACCCAUCUUCCAGUACAUUCCUGAUGCUUAAAGAACAUUUACUCCAGUAUUGUUUUACAUUUUUUCCAUCUUUAUUUGUGGCUUCUUAAAGCUGACUGUUCUUGCAGGGGCCAUGUGCUUCUCCUAGAGUACAAAAAGUAAGGUCUUGCCUUACUAACUGCAGGGUCUAUAUAUUACACCUCAAUGUACACACUUUGCUGCUACUGUUUGUACUGUCUACAGUAGAAUUUCCUUAUCUUGCUCCUGGUAGUGCAUUACAGGCAAGCAUGAAAUGUAAAGUAUUUAUUUAAAUAAAAAUCUCUAAAUUGGUAAUUGAAUUACCUCCCUGUAGCUUUAGAGUUUGUGACAUUUCUUGACCUUGCUAGUUCUUUCAUUAGAUCCAUGCAAGAUCUAGUCAUAUGGUUAAGGAUAUUAAGCAGACACGACUAUGAACCCAAGAAACCAUAUUACUGUUGGUCAUACUUAAACUGUUUAUUUCCUUAAGUAUAUGACCCACAAGGAUGUGAAAUAACAAGAAACUGUUUUUGUACACUGUACAUCCUUAGUAUUUUUACACGUAUAUGAUAGGGAUGCACAUUAUUUUCCUUCGUACAGACAGCUUAAAUAAAGCACUAUGUCAAUCUGCUA